AUGACCAAUCAGACCCGCCGACGCGGGUGUUUCGGCUCGGACCCGCCCCCUCAUCUUCCUCCUUCCAGUUCGUCAUCUCCGACCCUCCUCUUCGUCGUCUCCUCCCGUCAGGAACUCGGACAACCGGGUCGCUUCGCCUCGCGCUCGGCCGGCCGAGGCGACCCGGACGCUUUCUUCACGAAGAGCGGCUGCAGGGACGGACGAAAACAAUCAGCUAAAAACUGGUGGAGUUUUGUCGGCGUUCCCAGUUCCCGUCCGGAUCAGGCAGCAGCCCGUCAGUCUGCAGCAGAGCUCCGCGAGGACCAGGACCAGGACCAGGACCAGGACCAGGCUCCAGACUUCCUGAGAAGCCAAGAGGAACUUCCUGUUUCUGAGGAAGAACUUCCUGUUUGCGAGGAGGAACUUCCUGUUUCUGUGGAGAAACUACGGCAGCAGAUAGAGGACAAAGUUAAACUCCUGCAGUUACCUUCUGCCAACCAGCAGGUGUUUGAGCAGAAGACAGGACAGGAAGAAGUGCUGAGGUUUGCUGUUCUGAGUCAGGAGCUGACCUUUCACCUCCAGCAGCUGCAGAAACAGACCGAGCAGGAGCUCAGCAGCAUCCAGACACAACUCGGUGAGAUCGAAGGCCGCCGGCAGCAGCUGACCUUUGACCUUUCAGAUUUUCAGAAGAAGAAGAAACAAAUCGAAGAAGAGCUGAAGAGAAGCUCCGGCCUUCAGACGUCCACACUUCGGCUGUGCGCUGUCCGGGAGCUUCAGGUUUUCAUCACCGAGCGUUUGGUCCAAUCAGAGAAGUUGGUGUUCCAGGAGCAGGCACUGAGCGCGCUCCGAAACCUGCUGACCCAGGACCUGCUCCGGUACCAGGAAGAGACUCGGAAACUGACCCGUUUCACCCAGAACCUCCUCGGAAGAUCAGCCGAAGGAGAAACCUUCAUCAGGACUGAAGGUGACCRAAGCAUGCAGGGAAAGAACGAGACCAAACAGGAAACCAACAUGGCGGGUGUCAUCGACAGCCCCCCCAGAGUCUUCAACAGUCCGUACAUCUCGACCACAUCGAUGGAAUAUAAUCCAUCUCACAGAAUGUCUGAGUUUAAGGUCCAGGGUGGACUGUCUCCUGCCACCUCAGAACUGAACCUGUACAGCUUCAACGGCCGCAGCCCCAGUCCGAUCGGGGUCCCCAGCYCCACAGUCACUGCCCCCCGCUCACGCUUCUCCGCCUACGAGACGCUGAGGAGGAGGACCGAUGUGGUCAACACACAGGUGGCGCCGGUCCACUACACCAUGAGGUCCGCCACCCUAGGGAACCCCAACAGAAAGGACUUUAUAGAAGAACUGACCAAACAGCUGGACACCUGUCAGAAGCGUAAUCAGUUCUUGGAGGCAGAGAGUGUUGAGAUGGAGAAGGAGAGGAACCAGAUCAGGUUCGAGAUGCGGGCCCUGCUGGUGAACAAUGAGGACUUGUUGAGGACCAACACCCAGCUGAACAACGAGCUGAAGAGGAACAGGGAGCAGUUCCUGGAGAUGGAGAAGGACAACCAGUCUCUGAGAGACAGAAUCAGGGAGAUGGAGAUCGAAGUGAAAGAAGCUCGAGAGAUGAUGGUGGAGGCCAAYACUCAGGAGUACGCCUUCAACUUCCUCCAGCAGUCGCUGAAGAACAAGAUUCAGGACGCAGAGGAGAACCUGGAGAAACAAACGCAGCACGCUCAGACUCUGGCUGAGAAGCUGUGGUUGGCGGAGAGGAAGGUGGAGGAGCUGGAAGUGGACAAAGAAACUCGAGACAAGAAGACGUCUGAACUCAGCAGCUCCAUCCAGAGGCUGGAGGACGAGCUGAGUGAAGCCGUCCAGAUGUCCACGCAGGCCUCGGCAGAACUGAACCUGCAGCAGAAACUACGAGACGACGACCAGGCCAGGAUGGAGGAGCUGGAGGAGGCUCUUCUGGAGAAGGACCAGGAGGUUCAGAAACUUCAGGCUCUCGUGGUCAAACUGCAAGGAGAGGUCUCAGGUAAGCUGAUCGAUAAGGAGCGGACUCUGGAGGAGGAGAUCCAGCUGAGGGAGCGGCUGCAGCUGCAGUGUAAGCAGGCUGAGAGGACGGUGGACGACCUGACCAUGGACCUGCAGAACACCAACCAGGCCAAGGACGACCUGGCCAAACAGCUGAAGCUGGCUCAGGAGAGGCUGAUCGACCUGGAGGCUGAAGCAGAGGAGCUGCAGGAGAGCGAGCAGAGGUGGGCCGCCAAGCAGAAGAGGGCCAUCGAGCAGACGGAGCAGCUGCAGCUGAAACUGAUCCAGGAGAAAGAUCUGAACGACCAGCUGGAGACGGAGAAGGCCCUCAUGGAGCGGCAGCUGCGGGAGCUGCGUCUGGAGGUGGAGGAGCUGCAGAGCUCCAGGCUGCAGGAGGACGUCGUGUCGAGAGCCGAGAGUCGCGUCAAAGACCUGGAGAACGCCCUGCGGACCGAGGAGAGGAACAAGCUGAGCCUGAUGAACACGGUCAGUAAGCUGGAGCGGAGGAUCAACGAGCUCAGUGACCAGAUGGAGGAGGAGCACCGCAUCACCACCGAGCAGAAAGAGCUGAUGAACCAGAGGAUCCGCUCGYUGAAGCGUCAGCUGAACGAGGUGGAGGAGGAGGCCAGCAGGAAGGAGGCGCAGUGCCGCCACACGCAGAGGGAGCUGGCCGAGGAGCGGGAGACCAGCAGCCGCCUGCAGAGGCAGCUGCUGGACCAGCACCUGCAGAGCAAGCGGAAGGAGAACCUGACCAUCCGGCAGACGCUGGACAACCUGCGGCUGGACCUGAGCGCAGAGGAAGAUGAUGAUGAUGAUGAUGAUGAUGAUGAUCAGCCGCAGGAACAAACAAACUCCACGGUCACCAAAGUUUAACAGGCUCCGCCCACCUGGAGGAAACCUGUGGGAAUCUGCUGGAGCCAAGAGAAACACCAGGAAACUGUUUCCUGUAGCGGCUCAACUCGGCCUUUCACAAUAAGAGCGUGAACCACUGGUUAGCUUUAGUUMAACAGAAACGUGUGGAUUCAUCAGAUUUACACGUCAGGCUGGGUUUUUCUGCGAGUCGAGAAACACGGAUCUGUUGAAACUGAUGUUUGUUUCGUCAUUAAGUUUAAAAUGCUGAUAAAUGUUAACUCCCUCUAGUGGUGAACAGGUGGAACUGCUGGUUCUGUGUUUUAAACAGGUUCUAUGAGGGCAAAAGUUUUAAGCCUUUCAUUUAUCCUCAGUAUUUGUUUGGUCAUUUUACAGGGUAAGAAAACAAACUGAUAGUAGCUGUUAGUUUUAACUCUGGGGAAUCUUUAAAAAAACACAACAAAAAACAGUUUAUUAAACCAGAAACAUCACUAAAUGUUUAUUUAUACAUUGUUUUUGUGAUUUUAAAUGUGUAGGAAGCUAAUUUGAAAUGUAUUUAAGGUGGUUUGCUGCUGUCAGGUUGUGCCUUCUGCAGGAAGUGAAACUAAAACUUUUAACUCUGUUAGUUUUUAUUCAUGUAAAUAUUCUGAUUUUAAUCUGCUGCUCGAAGGAAUCGGAUCAUUUAACAGAACAUGUUCGUCACGUUUACAUUUGCUGCUUUAGCCUUUUUUAAGUGAGCAUCACUAAAUAUAAAGCUGAUUUCUACAGGUUUAUUGUAUCGUUUAACUUCUUAAAACAAAAAAAGAAGCGGGUUCCAAGUAUUUUUUUAAACUGCCAUUUUUACUGUUCUCAGCUUCACUCUACUGGGUAUUUAUUGUUCCUCACUUUGGUGUAACCUACAAAUAAAAGUUUUAUCAGUCUUAA